AUGGCGCCUAGCACUCCAUAUUCGAAUGGCACCUCGCCUGAAAGCAAGGCCUUCACCCCGAGCAGGGUCAGAACGCCUUCAGAGCAGCAAGACGACACAUCAGUCUGGUCCCGUGCGCAGCAGCUUCUGAAACUUGAUCAAGCAAAGAGCGACUUCAUAAAUGAAUUGGUCGCUAGAUACGAAUAUCUCAAGCAAUCCUACGAGAGCGAGAUCAAACGGAACGAGGAGUGUACCCAAGCUUGGCAAUUCGAGAAGCUCCAGUAUGAAACACAUUUGAAAAGCUUUAAAAUUGCUCUGGACCGUGAUCCGUUUGUAACUGUCUUGAUCGAUGGAGAUGGUAUGAUUUUCAAGGACGAACUGGUGCGCCAAGGAGAGCCCGGUGGUCGCAAGGCUGCUGCUCAACUCCAUGCUGCCAUCCUCAAUUAUGUCCAACAUGAAACCGAAACCAUUCCUACGAAUGUGCAGAUUAUCUGUCGUGUCUAUGCCAAUGUGCGUGGGCUAGCCGAAGUUCUCGUUCGCACUGGUGUUGUUGAGGACAUUGAAACUGUCGAACAAUUUACUCGCGGUUUCACCCGUGGGAACUCACUGUUCGACUUUGUCGACGUCGGCCCUGGUAAAGAUAGGGCUGAUACCAAGAUCAUAGAAACCUUUAAACUUUACCUAGGUGAUUUCCAUUGUCGUCAAAUCUUCUUCGGUUGCUCCCACGAUAACGGAUAUGCUCGAACCCUCGAAGCGCAUGCGAGCGACCCCGUCGCUGUUCCAAGAGUUACCCUCCUGGAGGGUGUGCCUUUCGAGAAGGAGCUUGUGGAUCUUCCGUACAAGACCAAGAAAUUCUCAGACCUAUUCCGCGAUACCAAGCUCUCGACCGCGUGGGGUGCGUCGUCUUCUGGGUACAAUAGCAUCCCCAAUUCCCCUGCUCCAGUGAAGAAUUACAACGUCAUCGGUGGGCUACCAACCCGGUUUCCGCCUCCGCAACGUCAAACAAGCAAUAGCAACUCAUUGUUAGAUAGCCCCAACAUGGCGCAUGUUGUUCCAACCCUACCCAGGACGCCCUCCACAUCCACCCUGGCGAGUACCGAUGGCAUUUCAUCAGCAAAGCCGGUUGGCAUGAACUGGGCUGCGAAAGCUGCUGCCCCAGCCCCGCCAACAACAGCAGAUUCACCAGUUUAUCGGCCAGUCAGUCGUGGCGAAAUCAUCGCUCGCAAUCGUGCAGGUCAACGUGUAGAUCCACCAAGCCGUGACUAUGAUAAGGUCGAGGUGGACCGUAUCAAGCGGAUCAAGAUGUGCAAUGUCCACUUUCUCCGAGAUGAAUGUCCCUUCGGCGAUAAUUGUACUCAUCUUCAUGCGUAUAAACCGACCCCCUCGGAAAUUUCGACCCUCCGCCUCGUUGCUCGUAUGGCCCCUUGCUCCAACGGAAGCGGUUGCGAAGACAUCAAGUGCAUUUACGGUCACCGCUGCCCUGCCCCUACUGGCAAGACUGCCACCUCUGGCAAAACGUGCAUAUUUGGGGAAAAUUGCAAGUUUCCUCCAGAAUUGCACAAUGUCGAUUGCAACAUUGUCAAAACAUUGGUCAUUCGCUAG